AUCGUCAACGCCAGAAGUACGCCAAGCCUUAUGGUUCCAUCCUCAUGCAAGAGGAAAGAAUAAGCAUUCUGGAAGAAUCCAUUACCACAUGGAAUAUUUGGCUCGCAAAUCCGAGGAACGGGUGAAACGCAGAAUAGCAGGAGCUCAAGUACCAACAAUUGAACAACACAUCGAAGUAUGUGCGAUUCCAGAGGGUGAAUUAGAAGAUUUGAGAGAAGAAUUGAAGUUUCUGAGUCCAGGACCAGCAACUCUAUCAAGGGCCGAGGAGUUGUGGACAGCAACUUUCCCGGAUCGUAGCAGCAUUCGUCGGGCUGGAAAUUUGUUGCCCUACCUAAUGGAUCAUCCCGUUGCAGCAGCAUUCGAUGGGAAAUUUAUUACUAUGGAAUUUGAACAUCUUUUUCCGAAUGCAGCAAAUUUCAAUGAACGCUUCGAGGAUCUUCAGGACAAGAUACUAACCCGUUAUCACGAGAUUUUUCAACACAAUCAAAACGGUAAUAAUGUGUUAAUUAUUAGUGAUUUCAACACGGUGCCAAACGGUGAAGUCCCAGUUUUAUACCUAAAAGGAAAUCUAAUGGAGGAUACUUCGGAGGGAUGCAUUGCAUGGAAGGGAUGGUCUGCAUCCAUCAAGAAAGAUGCCAAGUAUUGUUUCCGAGUGCUGUGUGAGUGCUUCGCUGCUUUCAAUAUAAGCUGCAAGCCAGAAGACAAGCAAUUUUUCUUGUUUCUCUCUGCAAUUUUUCAAGGCGUAGGAAACCUUACUACCACGGGGGAGAAAUUUAUGAUAAGCAUCAAUUGA